CGGGCACACUCUAUGAGCAGGCUCGGCCCUAGGCUAAAGAUGGCGGUGGCAGUGGCGGAUAAACAGAAGCACGAGCACGGCCGGGUGAAGAUUGGGCACUAUAUCCUGGGUGACACGCUCGGCAUCGGUACCUUCGGCAAAGUCAAAGUUGGUAAACAUGAAUUAACUGGGCAUAAAGUCGCAGUGAAGAUCCUAAAUCGACAGAAGAUUCGCAGCCUUGAUGUUGUAGGAAAAAUUCGCAGGGAGAUCCAGAACCUCAAACUCUUCCGACAUCCUCAUAUAAUUAAACUGUACCAGGUCAUCAGUACACCAACUGACAUUUUCAUGGUGAUGGAAUAUGUUUCAGGAGGAGAACUGUUUGAUUAUAUCUGUAAAAAUGGAAGGCUUGAUGAAAAGGAAAGUAGACGUCUGUUCCAGCAAAUCCUUUCUGGUGUGGAUUACUGUCACAGGCAUAUGGUAGUACAUAGAGAUCUGAAGCCUGAAAAUGUGCUGCUUGAUGCACACAUGAAUGCAAAGAUAGCUGAUUUUGGUCUAUCAAAUAUGAUGUCAGAUGGAGAAUUUUUAAGAACAAGCUGUGGUUCCCCUAACUAUGCUGCACCAGAAGUAAUUUCAGGAAGAUUAUAUGCAGGUCCAGAAGUAGAUAUUUGGAGCAGUGGAGUUAUUCUCUAUGCUUUGUUAUGUGGAGCACUUCCAUUUGAUGAUGAUCAUGUGCCAACCCUUUUUAAGAAGAUAUGUGAUGGUAUCUUUUAUACCCCUCAAUACCUGAAUCCAUCUGUAUCUAGUCUUCUGAAACACAUGCUGCAAGUAGAUCCAAUGAAGAGAGCAACAAUCAGAAACAUUAGAGAACAUGAAUGGUUUAAGCAGGACCUUCCCAAGUACCUGUUUCCUGAAGACCUGUCAUAUAGUUCUACCAUGAUUGAUGAUGAAGCCUUAAAAGAAGUGUGUGAGAAGUUUGAAUGCACUGAAGAAGAAGUGCUAAGUUGUCUGUACAGCCAAAAUCAUCAGGAUCCUUUAGUGGUUGCUUAUCACCUCAUUAUAGAUAAUAGGAGAAUAAUGAAUGAGGCCAAAGACUUGGCUACAAGCCCACUGGAUUUUUUUCUUGAUGAUCACAAUCUGUCUCGACCCCAUCCUGAAAGAGUGCCAUUCUUAGUAGCUGAAGCACCACGUCCCCGCCAUACUCUUGAUGAGCUGAAUCCAAAGAAGUCAAAACACCAAGGUGUAAGAAGAGCAAAGUGGCACUUGGGAAUACGGAGUCAGAGUAGACCAAAUGAUAUCAUGUCUGAAGUUUGUCGAGCAAUUAAACAACUGGAUUAUGAAUGGAAGGUUGUAAAUCCAUACUAUCUGCGUGUUCGAAGCAAGAAUCCAGUGACAAGUGCAUAUUCCAAAAUGAGUCUACAGUUGUAUCAGGUGGAUAGCAGGACGUACUUACUGGACUUUCGUAGCAUUGAUGAUGAAAUUACUGAAGCAAAAUCUGGGACUGCAACUCCACAGAGAUCAGGUUCUGUGAGCAACUGUAGAUCCUGUCAAAAAGAUUCAGAUGGUGAUGCACAGGGAAAAUCUGAAGAUAUGUCCCUUACACCAUCAGCAACCUCUUUGACUGAUUCUUCUAAGGCUGAAUUAACUCCAAGACCAGGGAGUCAUACAAUAGAAUUCUUUGAGAUGUGUGCAAAUCUUAUUAAAAUACUUGCACAGUAA